AUGUCAUCAUCUCAGAUGUAUACGCAGGACAGAGACGGAGGGCGUCGUAGCGACCUCACUGUCCGCGUACCAGCUAAUACUUCGUUCGAAGUUCCUGCAACUCAAGGCCCGACUGGAGGACCUACUGGAUCUGCCGGAAGUGCUCAGACUGAUUCGCCUUGCUCAUCUGGAAGCUCGUUGUCGCAACUCGGUCGCCAGCCUGCACCUGGACAAGAUCACGCGGCGCAGCAGCCGCCAACAACCCCUUGUCGAGCCCAUGUCACCUCUUCGGCUUCGCAGUUCACUUCUCCACCGUUCUCUCGCGGCCAGGCUGCGCAGAACUAUGGCGGCUCUCCCCAUAUGCUAACCCCGAAGAGAGUCAGCGAGCUUCAGUCUCCUCACAGGCAACGCAGCAGUUCUAAUGCCAGUCAGAUGUCCAAUAGCCCUCGUCGCCCGUCCUUCACUUCAAGUCUGCGUUCGCCAAGCAUGGUCAACCAGAUUGAUCCGUUCAACACGACCUCUUUGAGCGGUGUACCCGAGCAUCUCGCUGUGUCAGGCCUCGCUUUCCGUCAGGGUCAACACGAUCACGGCAGUUCGCGCAAUAGGAUCCCACCCAACCCCUUCGCGAGUCAAUUCGACCAGCUCUGGGCUGAGUACUAUAGGCUUGGUGCAGUCCAAGGAGGACCACCUGCCGCUUUGCCGUCGUCAACAUCCCCCUCCCACGAAAACUUUGCUUGGACAGUUCUCAUUAACACAGAAACUCAGGAUCUUGAGCACCCCAACGGCUCUUACGACAUGGACUAUGCUCGCAGCAUCUGCAUCAUGGGACUGAAGUGCAUGAGAGAGCUUAUCCAGGUCGUCUGCAAGCGCAACAACGAUUGGCGCAAGAUUGUGUGCGAUGUACCUGCCCCCCUCCAGCAGGCUAUCACUCACUUCCCCGAUCUUUGUGCCAAGUAUAAGGAUCUCAAGCAAGAAGCUCGUGAAGCACUUGGUGGCGGAAUCCCUCUGGGCUACAACGCUGAUAGGUAA